GAUCCCUAUGGGGGGAGAGGGAGAGAGCUCAUACACCAACACCCCAUAUCGUUACCGUAAUCGAGCGUCGAGCUUCAUGAUCCGCACCUCUGCAAUUAUGCACGUUUCAUGUCGGAUGGGAUUCUCGGUAAACACUGCAAAGGUGGCAGAGGCACGGAACAGCAGCCCUUCGGCAUCUCCCCCAAGUUUAUAGCGUGUGCGUGGAGCAGGAGGCGGGCUGUCUUGUUGAUCAAAAAUGACUCGAUAUGGCUGUGGCUUUGACUCAACAUACACGGCUUUGCGAGCAACCCUGGAAACCAUAACCACUUGAUAGAGUGAGAGUGAGAUCAUCUUAAUGAAAGUCAUAAGUGGGGUUGGAUGGCCAUGGACCCAUUCAGCCAGCUUAUCCUCACCAUCUCUGUGACCAGUUUCCUCACCUUCCAGUGGCUCUUCCACAAAGUCAGCCCGUGGAUGUCCAUGCGCAUCAGCCCUGGCUUCCUCAGCCUCAGUGACAAGCAGAAGGUGGAAUGGAACUCAAGGACGGUGUCAACGUUUCACGCACUGUUGGUGGGAAUCUUCUGUCUCCACAUCUUGUUCUUUGAUGAUGCCGUCAAUGAAGACCCUGUCUGGGGAGAUCCUACACUGGUGAAGACUAAUGUUGCCAUCACAACAGGCUACCUCAUAUCUGAUCUGCUGCUAAUAUUUUACUAUUGGAAGGCGAUAGGCGACAAGUUUUUUGUAGUUCACCAUCUGGCAGCAUUGUAUGCUUACUACUAUGUACUGGGCGAAGGAAUGUUGCCUUAUUUUGCUAACUUCCGUCUGCUCGCUGAGUUUUCUACACCAUGUGUGAACCAGCGCUGGUUCUUUGAGGUACUAGGUUAUCCCAAGUCCUCCAGGCCCAACAUGGCAAAUGGCGUUGCCAUGGCAGUAGUCUUUUUCAUGGUGCGCAUCGCUGUCAUGCCAGUCUACUACAGUCGUAUGUAUGCAGUCUAUGGCACUGAGGCCUUCUACCUUGUACCCUGGGGUGGCCGUGUGGCUUGGAUCUGCUCCAGUAUCUGCUUGGACAUCAUGAACAUUAUGUGGAUGCAUAAGAUUGCCCGCGGCUGCUACAAGGUGUUGCGUUCGGCACACCGGAACAAAGCUGGCACACCUCAGGAGAAUGGGAAGACGGAUUAAGGGAACCAGGGUGUCAGUGGUGUGGAAAUGCCACAAUAGUGACAAAAUGACAUCACUGUCAGUGCAUUGGUGAGCAGCAGUUUGGACCCUUACAUGUCAAGCUGCUUCAGGAGUAACACACCUGGGACUAGUGACAUUACAGGGCUGUAUGUAAUGAGGGAAACAGAUUUUUUUGGCAAGGGGGCACAGUCACUGAGAUGUACUGAUGGACCAUUUAACUGGCCAUCCUUAAGCCAUGAAAUGAUGUCUUAGCAAUACUCUGUGUGCAUGGUCAAUUAUUUUUCUCUUGAACAAUUUACCACUACACAAAAGAGGUUGUCAUGGGACAGUGGACUGUUAUCCCAACCACAACACAAAUUGUCAAAAAGUUUACCGUUCUUUACAAACUUAUUGCUCAACAAAAGACUUGAAAAUUUAAGUUCAUGUUGAUGACAAAGCAAAGAUUUGAGGGAUCCACGAAAACAUUUAGUGAUUCCACAAUAAUGGUUAGUGCCAUAAAAUCAUGUCAAAUGCCUGUUGAGGGAGAGAGGUCAAGCUUCUUUUUUUUCCUCCUUGAGAUAAAUUUGCAGGGAAUUGAUUGAGUCACAAUCAGAUCUUCUAAAGUGUAAUCACAGAGAAUAAAAAGUAUGAAUGAAUCGAUUCAUCAUUCAUCCACUGUCAUUCAGCGAAGAGUUUCAUUUAGAAAGCCAGUCUUUAAGAAAUAUAUUGGAAUAUCUGAAUCUUGGUAGCGUUUACAUUUGAAUGAUUCAUUUAAAUAAUGUAGGGUUGAACAGGCAUUGGUAUGCUGUAUGUAAAGCGCAUUCAUAAAGUGUUCAGACCCCUUCAUUUUUUUCACAUUUUGUUAUGUUACAGCCUUAUGCUAAAAUUGUUUGAAUUCAUUUUUUCCCUCAUCAAUUUAUACUCAUAAUGGCAAGGCAAAAACAGAUUUUUAUUUUUAAAUUUUUUGGGGGAAAUUUGUUAAAAAGGCAAAGCUGUAAUAUCACCUUGAUUUAAGUAUUCAGACCCUUUACUCAAUACUUAGUUGAAGCACCCUUGAUGUCUUCAAGUUUUCAUUAAGGCCAUCUCUGUACUUUGCUGCAUUCAGCUUUCCCUCAACCCUGACCACUCUCCCUGCUGCUGAAGAACCCAUCCCCACAGCAUGAUGCUGCCAUCACCAUGCUUCACCAUUGGGAAGGUAAUGUGCAGGUGAUGAGUGGUUUCCUCCAGACAUGACGCUUAGAAUUGACGCCAAACAGUUAAAUCUUGGUUUCAUCAGACCAGAGAAUCUUGUUUCUCACCAUCUAAGAGUCUUUUACGAGCAUUUUUGCAAACUCCAAGCAGCUUUCAUGUGUAUUUCACUGAGGUGAGGCUUCAGUCUGGCUGGUCUGCCAUAAAACACAGAUCAGCUGAGUGUUGCAGUGAUGGUUGUCCUAGACCUUUUAACUUUUCCUAGAUCUGUGCCUUGACACAAUCCUGUCUCUAAGCUCUGCAGGCAGUUCUUUUCAUCUCAUGGCUGGUUUUUGCUCUAAUAUGCAAAAGCUGUGAGACCUUAUACAGACGGGUGUGUGCUUUUCCAAAUCAAUCAAUUGAAUUUACCACAGGUGGACUCCAAUCAAGGUGUAGAAGCAUCGCAAAGAUGAUCAAGAGAAAUGGGAGGCAUCUGAGCUAAACUGUGUCAUAGAAAGGGGUCUGAACUCUUUUGUCAAUGUGAAGUUUUUCCUUUUUAAAACAUUUGCAAAACUUUCUCAAAUUCUCUUUUCACCUUGUCAUUAUGGGGUAUUGAGUGUAGAUUGAUUAGGGGAAAAAAUAAUUUAAACAAUUUUAGUGAAAAAAGUGAAGGGGUCUGGAUACUGGAUAAUAUGAAUGCACUGUAGAAUGUUUCUUUGGUUUUGCAGGGAUCGAGGCAAAUGGGUUUUUAAAAACACAAACAGUUAAACAGGACACUGAUGUACAGGAUACGUCAGUACAGAGGUGCUAAAAGGGAAACUGAAUGUCAAUACUGUGUUUUUACUCUGACAUUAAGCAAUGCAAGAACAGUUAACACUGUUAACAUUUGAUUUGUAAAUCCACAAUUUAAUGUGUAUACAACCAGAUAUUUCCAAGAAUGCAAAUAAAAUGUUUCACCUUACAUAAACAAAAAUAUUUUGUUGACACUUUGACAUGGGAGUCAGCAUCAUAUUUAUUUCACAUUGUGCAUUGCAUGUUAAGGAGUGAAACUGACCUGGAGUGCUUAUACAGAAUCAGUGUCAUUGACAAAGUUAAACACAGAUUACAGAAUGACUUCUUUCAAAUGUUCCAUUCAUAAUAAGAGGUUUGAUGGGAGAUGUUAGCAGGAUUCUGACACUCUUAUUCUUUUUCCAUCAUCAGGUGUUGAUCUGAGGUUUAUGUAAUAUUCACACUAUUUAUGAUAUCUUUUUAGGCACAAACUGUUAAUUUUACCCUGGGCAACAUUUGCCAACAAGCUGCAUGCUGCUAUAGUGUGUUUUCCGUGAAGGAGGAGUUGAGGAGUUUAACCAGGAAAUUCUAUUUAGUACAUGAUUUCAGUAUAUUCAUUUCAAAUAUGAAUGAGUUUGUUGCAGCAGAUUUUAGUUUUGUGUAAAGUCUAAGACAAUAAUCAGUGUUUCGGAUUGGUAAAGUUCAUGUCAAAAAUAUUUUGUGAUUCUUUAAGAGCAUUGUAAUAAGAAUAGCUUUCUGUUAUAUAUGAUUUCCAGUUAGCUGUUAAUCAUGAUGUGCACUUCCAUAUUUAUCAUCAGAUGGAUACAAGGACAGUGUUUUGUUUUCGGUAGGUAUGAAUAUAUGGAAAAGCUGUGAAAAUUCACGUUUUAAUUGUUUUCUCAAGCAUCAUUCUACUGACCAUCAUACAGCUCUGAAGACAGUUCAGCUCAAAGGUAUAUAAAGCAGAUGUAUCAUUUGUUCAAAUUAAAAGUUCAAAUUAAUGAUUUCCAGAACAUGUACUCGAAUUUUCAUUGUAAAUGUAUCUUUUUAUGAGCUGUACAUCAAAAGCUGUCAAAUGUUUGUGAAGAGAAGGGAUUGCUAGUUUUUAAAGUACGCCUUGCUAUGUUCAGAAUUUGAUUUUGUUGCCUUUUUAAAACCAAUUAUGAUUGCACAGUGAAUAUUAUGAUACACCAAACUCAUCAAAACACUGUGAUUUACUUGUGUUUUCCAUGUCUGAUGCUCGUCUAAUGUGAUUGUUUUGCCUUUGUAAUUGAUCGGUUUCAAAUGUAAAACCAAGAGGCUUGUUAUGGCUGGUUGUUUUAGUGCUUUUGGUUUUUGUUAGUUUUUAAAAUUUCAAAAAUUUAUGUAUAUGUGCCAAUGCUUCAGUCAUUACUACUCCAUGGUGAAAACUUAUGGUGUCGUCAUAGGAUGAUGUUUUUUUUUUUUUGUUGUUUUUUCUUUUCUUCCAUGAGGAUUUCAAUACAAUAGUGCCAACUUGCAACCAUGAUUCAAUGGUUCAGAUCAGUUCUGUUCACAAUGCAUGCUGUGGAUAGUCACAAUAGUAAUGAUGAUUAGUUUUGCCUUGGUAAAACUUAUGCCAUCAGAGCAGUGUGUUUGGAACAGGGUGGACUGGAUGACUCAUUAUGGGUGUAAGUCAUCUACAUUACAAGAAAAUAUCACUAUCACACAUCUUAGAAAGGAUUUAGGGUGUAGUGUCUGAUUGGAAAUCAUGUAAGGGUUUCAGGACAGCACAGACUACCAUCUCUCUUAGAAUCGGGUGGCUCUGUAUGCAAGGUCAUGCAUGGUCAAUAUGGUCUUCUUCAUGCACCCUCUAUAACUGCAUGUGGUAUUGCAUGGGGAUUGCACUAUAAACAAAAUAGCAUAUACAUUUGCGAGACAAGUUUUGUUCUUUGCUUUCUUUUUCUUAGUACAUGUACAUAAUGUUUAAUUAAGCGUUAUUCUUGUACUGUGCCGCAUAAUGUAAUCCACAGAUGAUGAUGAUGAUGUGAUGAGAACAUCAUAAAGCAGAUAUUUAGUAUAAUAUCCAGCACAGAGGUAAUCAGUAAGGGAAUACUUGAAUACUAAUCAGCACAGUUCAUAACCUGGGCAGCGCAAAUAAACAUUAAUACUAUUAGCAUCCUGCAUCAUCUGCGUACUAUUGUCUUUAAUUUAUUAAUCCAAGAGAAGUAAAUGUGAAACAAAGCAGAUGUCAUGGUAACAGCAUGUUGCUGCUGUCAGCUAGUUAACCUGAUGUUUGUUGUUGGUGUUCUGUUCUGUAUGGAGGAGAGACAUGAGUAGGUGGAGUGUUUAGUGACAUUCUAUGAAUGUGUUGGAGAUGAUAAAAUAUUUGUCAUUUACAUUUUCAUUUGUUCAUUACAAUAAAUACAAAUUAACUGAUGUGAUGUAUAUCAAUCAGGAAAAACGUUUGCUGGCGCAUUUGAGUACAUAAUGUGUUAUGUGGAUUUCACUGCGCUAAGUCAUCCAAGUCACUACAUCUGGGUGGGAAAUGUUAACAUAAGAGCCUAAUUAGUCUUAAACACUAUUACUUUAAGACAUCAUUGUCUUUUUUUUUUUGCUCAAGUGAUUUGCUUUGAAGAAAGCAGGCUGUCGGAACAUUUCACUGUUAAUAAAUAUUCAGAGUGAACUUUG